AUGUCCUCUCCAUUAGUCCCUUCGGUCGAAGAAGUGAGCCGAUGGAAGCGAGCUCAGGUUCUUACGUUUUUACGGUCCAAAAAAGACGAGCUGGACCUUGACGAUGAAGACAUAGAUAUAGUCCAAAAUAACAAAGUCGCUGGUCUUGCCUUCCUCGAGCUGACUGCGGAUAAACUUAUGCAAGACGGGCUAAAACGAGGGCCAGCUGAAA